CACGUGUUUAUGUCGAGCACUCACCCACCCACCAUACACUCACACAUUUGAACACGCAUCAAUCGAUCCUGUCGCCUCUCCCACACCAGGCAGGCGGGCAGAGCGUCGCACGCUAGUCAUCAUUCCAGUUGUCGGGCCUCUCCCCCUCUCCACACAGCUCACAUCGCGGCACGCUCCUCGAGUUGAAGAACGUGCACCUCUCACACGACCACAUGCCAGCAGGCGCCCUCGGCCGCAGGUCCGCCAGCCGACAGCACCUCGCCUCCUCGCCAUCGUCAUCGAUCACUAUUACCUCGCCCUCCGGCUGUUGUUGCCGCUUCAUCCGCUUCUUCUUCUUCUGCUGUGCGGCCUUCCAUGAUUGGUAGCACUCGAUGGACCGGUAAACGGCGACGAGGGCGAGCAGGGCGCAGAGGAAGCAGGUGAGGCUCAUCAGGAUGGCACGCAGGAAGAAGGUGAGGUACUGAAGAAGGCGGUGGAAGGCACCCUGCAGUGCAAAGAAUGGCGUCAGACGUAAGUUCUCUGUUUUGUGGCCGCCAUCUCUUUGUGUCCGUCUGGUGCUGUUUACCGCGAUGAAGCUGACAAUCCCGAAUCCUGCUGACAAGCAAGCCAGCCACCAUCAAUUUGUACACUGAUUCGAUACAGAUGCAUUGCCCCACUGAGUGUGAUCAUGGCUCACGACGAGUCAGCCGUGCGUCAUAUUUGCGCCGUUUCUCGUCGUCAGUGAGAGUAUCAAAGGCCUCCCGCAGCUGCAUGGAGCGGCGAAGGAGAGCGGAAGAGAGAAUGCAUAUGGGAAGAUGGGGAGCAGCGCUGUAUGGUGCGAAGUAUAGAGUACCUUCUUGAGGGCCCUCUCUGCCUUCGGUGCUCCGCCGUUCCCUUCUAUUGAUGGAUGCACCUUAAACACCAGCUGCACUCACACAAAGAGCACACAACAAGCGGCAUAAUGGUCGCCUGCAGCGUGUGUCAGAGAGCUUCUCCUCACCUUCCAGUAAGCCUUUUCUAUCUUGCCGCGAGUGGAAUCCCGGCCCACUCGCAGGGCGUCGUAGAAGUCCGUUGCAGCGAGGAUGGUCGACACGAUCUCGUCCGCUGGAGCAUGACCCGCCAACACGGCAGUGCAAACCAGCGCCAACAGAAGCGGCCGAGCCAU